GGCUCCAGGCAAUCAUACUCGGCCCCAGUCGAGCCCAAACCAUUCUUCCGUCAUCGGUUGCACCUCGCCCAGAAAAGGAAACCCUAAUUCAUUUUAUCCCUUCAUUCUUGGAAAUGGCAAGAACUAAGCAAACUGCCAGGAAAUCCACCGGAGGAAAGGCCCCAAGGAAGCAACUCGCGACGAAGGCCGCUCGCAAGUCUGCUCCGGCGACUGGAGGAGUGAAGAAGCCCCACAGGUUCAGGCCUGGAACGGUGGCUCUUAGGGAAAUCAGGAAGUACCAGAAGAGCACUGAGUUUUUGAUUCGAAAGCUUCCUUUUCAGAGGCUUGUUCGUGAGAUUGCUCAGGACUUUAAGACGGAUUUGAGGUUCCAAAGCAGCGCCGUGUCUGCUUUGCAGGAGGCAGCUGAGGCUUAUCUGGUUGGCUUGUUUGAGGAUACAAACCUAUGUGCCAUCCACGCUAAGAGGGUUACUAUUAUGCCCAAAGAUAUUCAAUUGGCUCGGAGGAUCAGAGGGGAAAGAGCUUGAUUUUGUUCAAUUUCUCUCUUUUAUUUCCUUUACCAUCUGGGUUUAUAUGUAUCUCUCCAAAAGGCUUUAACUACUUGUUUAGAUUUGUGUGAUACUCUAGAACGAAGAAUACAAGGACUAUUAGCAAAUUACAGAAUUAAAAAUAUUGUUCAGUGUAUUUAGUUGUCGAAGUGAUGCUCUUCAAAAUGUUUAAUCCAUUAGUCAUGGUUUGCUUGGUUAUUCUCAA